AUGGCAAAUUCUACUCUAGCUUCAAUGUCUAUCCCCAUGAUGUUUGGAGGCGAAAACUAUGAGUAUUGGUCUUGUCUAUCCCUGAUGUUUGGAGGCGAAAACUAUGAGUAUUGGUUUGUCAGAAUGAGGGCUUUCUUGAUGGCACAUGAUCAAUGGGAGAUUGUUGAAGAAGGUUAUACUCCACAGGAGUUGGAUGCAGACCCUACUGUGAAUCAAAUGAGGCAAGAGAAGGAUCGUAGAAUAAAAAAUAUGAAGGCUCUGACCUUCUUGCACUCUUCUGUCACUGAGACAAUUUUUCCCAAGAUUGUGGCUGUUACAACAGCAAAAGAGGUUUGGGAUAAAUUACAAGAAGAGUACAAAGGGUCUGAGCAAGUGAGAGCAGUAAGAUUGCAAACUUUGAGCAGAGAGUUUGAAAAUCUAAGGAUGAAGGAUGCUGAAUUUUUAAAGGACUACUCUUCUAGAGUGGCUAAUGUGGUGAAUCAGCUUAAAUUGAAUGGAGAGGACGUACCAGACAAAAGAGUGGUGCAAAAAAUGUUGAUUACCUUACCCGAAAAGUUUGAUGCUGUUACCACGGCUAUAGAGCAUACAAAGGAUCUGUCAAGUCUUUCUUUGACUGAACUUACAGGUGCUUUGUUAGCCUAUGAGCAAAGGUUAACGUUAAGAUAUGAGGUAACUACUGAAGGAGCUCUUGCGGCAAAGUUUAACCGCAAAGUUCAAGUGAAGGUGGAGGAAAACAACACCAAGAAGGGAAGAAGAAAGGCAAAGGAGACUCAUUUUCUUCUUGUAUUCAUUGUGGAAAAACCAACCAUCUUGAGAAGAAGUGUUGGAAGACAAAGCAAUCCAAAUUUUGCAAGCAAGUGGGCCAUAUUGAAAAGUUUUGUAGAGCCAAAAAGCAGAAUCUAA